AUGGCAUAUUGAUGAUUACCAUAUGGUUCCUUAUAAAAACUGCCUGCCGCUUAGUGAAAUGUGCCUGUAACUCAGUUCAUUUAGACAGGAAUUUCCUUUGCUGUCAUGAUUAGUAGACUUUACUUAACCUAUAUUAAUUUUGAAAAAAUGGUGGAAUUUUAUUGUAUAUAAAGGGAUGAUCUGUAUCUUACCAUAGCACAGAACAGUGACCUCUUGCUCAGGAUAAAAUGUGGUGAUUGAAAAUAGUAGUAGCCUUGCAAGAAUAUAUGUGUAUCUCUGUGCAAGUCUAAAUUUUGUUUUUCUCUGGUAUUUCCCCCAAGGUUUUAUUUUGAAAAAUUUCAGACUACAGAAAGACUAAGCAUAGCCUAAUAUGCACCUGUAUGUCCUUCACUUAGAUCAGUAGUUAUCAAUAUAUUGGCACCUUUGCUUUUUCUUGUUCUCUCACACAGGCACACGCAAUGUAUAUAUGCACACACAUUUGGUUUUUGUUGAAUCAUUUAAGAUUGUUAUGGAAUUAUGAUAAAUCAGCCAUAAAUACUUUAGCAAGUAUCUCCUGAGUAAGAACAUGUGUUCCUUUAUAACCAUAAUCCAGUUGUCAGACUCAAUAAGGUUAACAAUACUACCAUCUAAUAUAUAGUUUAUUUUAAAAUUUCCCCAGGUGUUCCAAUAAUGAGUUCUUUGUAGUUGUGUUUUUUAAAAUAACAUCUUUAUUGUGAUAUAAUUUACAUACUGUACAGUUCACCGAAAGUGUACAAUUCAUUGGUUUUUACUGUAUUUGGAGUUGUACAGCCAUAACUAGCAUCAAUUUUAGAACACUUACAUCACCCUAAUAAGAAACCCUGUGCCCAUUAGCAAUCACUUGCCUUCCCUCCCACCACCCCAACUCUCACCUCCGAGCCCAAAGCAAGCACUCAUCUACAUUCAGUCUCAAUUUGUCUUUCCUGGACAUUUCAUAUAAAUAGAAUCAUGAUGUGUGAUGUGUGUUACUGGCUUCUCUCAGUGUAAUGUUUUCAAGGCUCAUCCGUGUUGUGUCAUGGAUUGAUACUUUACUCUUUGUUAUGGCUGAAUAGUAUUCAGUUGAAUGGAUAUACCACAUUUUGUUUUAUCUGCUCUUCUAUGGAUCGACAUUUGGGCUCUUUCCACUUUGGGGCUGUUAGGAAUAAUGCUGCUAUGAGCAAUGGUGAACAAGUUUUUACGUGGACAUAUGUUUUCAUUUCUCCUGGGUGUAUACCUAGGAAUGGAGUUGCUGGGUCAUAUGGUAACUCUUGUGUUUAACAUUUUGAGGAACUGCCAGACUGUUUCCAACUCACUUGUACCAUUUAACAUUUUUACCAGCAGAUGCAGUUCAUUUUUGGUUUUGUUUUGGGUCCAGGAUCCUGCCAAGGAUCGUACAUUGCAUUUAGUUGUUGUGACUCUUUAUCCAGAAUAGUCAGUCCCCCGUGCCCUUUCUGAUAGUGACCUAUUUGAAGAGUCCAAGCAAGUUGUUUUGUAGGAUAUUCCUCAACUUUGAUUUGUCUGAUUGUCUCAUUGGUGGUUUCAGGUUAAAAAUUUUUCUCAGGAAUUCUUUAUAGGUGAUACAGUGUCCUUAUGAUGUCAGAUGGCACUUGUUACCAGUUUGUCUCAUUACUGGUGAUUUGAAGUUGUGUCUGCCAGAUUUCUCCCUUGUCAAGUUGUUACCCUUUCCCCUUUGCGACUAGCAAGCAGCCUGAGGGGUGAUAUUUGAGACUAGGAAUAUCCUGUCCUUAGCAGGUUUGCACUCUGUGUUCAUUGGUCAUUCCUGACUGAAUUAUUACUAAGGUAGUUGUAAAGUGAUUUUCUGUUGUCAUUCCUUUUAUGUUUUUGACAUUUCCCUGAAGAUGAGCCUUUAAAGAAAUUUGUAAUAUCCUCAUUUGAUGAGUAAUAACCAUCUCUGCCAUUACCCAUUUCAGUGCUCAAAUGUGGCUUCUGUGUUCUGUGAGCAUCUCCUAUCAGUCUUUAGCACUUCCCUACUUUGUGACAGACAAGAUGGCUUCCAUGCUGAACUUGUGUUUUCCCUACCUCAGUUUCCUCUGUUUAUUGUCAGACAUAUUCUAUGAAUGUAUACAUAGAUGCAUUUUCUUUGCCUGUUUUAUUUUUGCCUAAAUGGUAGGUAGUAUACCUUUCAAAUCUCACUUGAGCUUGUUCUGUCCCAUUUUUCUACACUGGAUUUUAUUUUAUGAAUGUACCAUAGUUUAGUCUCUUUUUGAAGGGUAUUCAGUUUAAACUUUUUUGCUUUUAUAAAUGUGACUUUAAUGCAUAGUCUUUGGAUGUCAUUUAACAUAAUGUUGAAUAUAUUUAUUGGAUCAUUUCUAGCUGUGAGAUUUAGUAGGUGAAGGGGAUGUGCAUUUCCAAUUUCAAUAGUGCUAUUCCUUACUAAAAAAAAAUGAUGCUGGUUUACAUUCCUGUCUAGCAGUUUUGAAAGUGCCCAGUUCUUUUUACCUUUGUCUACAUAAAAUAUUACCCCUUUCUGGCGGUGAUGACCUACCCACGAGAACAUGCCUCUUACAAAGGAUCUCCUUCAUCCGUCUCCAGAAGAGGAGAAGACGAAACACAAGAAGAAACACCUGGUGCAGAGCCCCAACCCCUACCUCAUGGAUGUGAAGUGCCCAGGAUGCUAUAAAAUCUCCAUGGUCUUUAGCCAUGCACUAACAGUAGUUUUGUGUGUUGGCUGCUCCAGUGUCCUCUGCCAGCCUACAGGAGGAAAAGCAAGGCUUACAGAAGGAUGUUCCUUCAGGAGGAAGCAGCACUAAAAGCACUCUGAAUCAAGGUGAGUGGGAAAACAUCUCUAUAAACACAUUUUGGACAAA